AUGACCGUGCUGGCGCGCGCAUGCGCGUGGCCGGAGCUAGGCCGGCGGGCCGGCGAGCAGAGAUCAGCGCUGGCGCGGGCGAGGGCGGCGCGCGCGGGCGCCGGGCUAGGGGCGGCGGGCGGGCGCGAGCUGGCGACGUACGGGCGAGGGCCGGCGCGAGCAGAGAUCAAGGGCGGCGAGCGCGCGCGGCCAAAAACGGGCGAGGCCGGCGGCGAGCAGCGAAUAGAGGGCGGCGGAGGGCGCAGCGCCACCGCCGUAAAGGAGCCACCGUCGAGAUCCCGGAAGAGCCGCCCAGCACUGCAGGUGCCCCGGCCCGACCAGAAACAGGACCACGGGCGGACGAUACACCGCGCGCGCAGGGCAGAGACCCACGGCCCGGACGCCGCCGACGCGACCUGCCUCCGCACCAGCCUUCCAGGCGGCCACCCCGCCACCGGGAGAGCGCGCCGCCGCACCUCAGCCCAGGCCGGCCCGCACCAGGCCCUCGCGGCCCGCGCAUCGGCGCCGCGGCCGCAGCCCGGCCGACGCCCCGAGCCCGCGCCGACGCCUCCAGGACCUCCGCCCGUCCGCCGCACCCUCGCCCCACCGGGCCCGCGCCGGAGCACCCGCCGACGGGUCGCCGUGCCGCCCCAUGCGACCCCCACGCCCGCCGCCUCAACGCGCGCAGGAGAGGUGUCGGGGGCGCCCGCCAAGCCAUCCGCCUUUAGCGGCCGGGCGCCGCCACCGCCGCCGGCGCCGGCGGCAGCAGCGGCCGAGGGUGGCCGGGAUCCGGGGCGGCUCUGCUAG